AAACAAUCAGAAAAUCUUUAUAAAAUAUCCAGACUCAAUCAUGUCGAAGGACGACGCUUGCAAAGUGACAUCUGCCAGCAAACACAAGGAGCGCAAGCCUAAGAAACCUCACUAUAUUCCCCGGCCAUGGGGCAAGCCCUACAAUUACAAAUGCUUCCAGUGUCCGUUCACUUGCAUGGAGAAGUCUCACCUCUACAACCACAUGAAGUACAGCCUGUGUAAGAACUCCCUUUCUCUGCUCAUAGAGUCAGACUGGCCCUAUAAAAAAGGCAACAUCCUGCACCCAGAUCAGCUACGACCAUUUCAGCAGGCACACGGGCUCCAAGCUACUGGGAAAGAUGAGCUAGAGCAGGUAACAAGGACUGAGGAGAGACAGAGACAGCGAAGGAACAUGGAGGAGGAAGGAGAAGACAGGGAGAGCCAGGGAGCAGAAGAUGAAGAGGAGGGAGGAAGAAGCGAGGGAGCAGAGAUCACCAGGCUGACGAAAGACAGCGGCAGCAGAGGAGACGCGACAGAGUACGCUGCCAAGAAAACCAAACAGCCAGAAUCAGAGCUUCUGAUGGCUGACAUGCUCUCCCUAGAAGAUCAGCUUUUACGAGCACGCUCGGUAGAAGUAGAGGCCCAGCUGAAACACUAUAAGCUUUCCAAGACUUGUCUAACAGCUCCUGGGCUGCUGUCAGAGCAGUGGCGGCUCUUAACAUCCAGCCACAGUAAGGCCAAAUCAGAAGGAGCUCAGCACAGAGUGAGUAACUCAAUUCCCUGUUACCCUCCUCCGCCAAACCUGGUGGAUUACCAGGAUCCCACUGGACUCAAUCUGUCGGUGCUCGGGGUGGGCUAUCCCAUCAGCCCCAGCCUCUUCUCCUACAUGAACUCAGCUAUUCCCACUGCUGCCACAGGUGUCGCCGCCCAGACCCACGCCCAGCUCGCCCAGCUUCCCUUCCUGGCGUCAGCCGCUCAACUAAUUCACCCGGCCUCCGGCACACACGCAGACAGAGCCCUCAUCCCCCCUCGUCUCUACUACCCAUUCCUGUGUGAGCACACGUUCGGACCGUCCUCCAGUCAGAGUGAUGCCAGCAAAGCACUCAAGACAUCCACAAACAGUCUAGAAGCGAAUCCCGUGUCUGGCUUCCAGCCUAAAGUCAAUCUGUGGAAAGUGCCAGCUUUGCGGCCAGGGACCACCGCUGUCUCCCCUGCCGGCUGGGUGUCACCUCAGAGAGACUCCCCUGACCAGGGCUACAGGCUGGGGGAUAAACUGCAGGCUACAGCCAAGGAAGGCAAAGCAAGCUGGGGUCUAAAGAGGACAGGGGCUCCACUGGGGAACCACGAGGCACCUGUGGAGAAGAAGCCGGCCAUGGGCUUCACUUUGGACAUCCUGAAGAAUAUUCAGACUGCAUCGACUCUUAACAUGGCAACGGACAAACUUCUCUUCCAGAAAAGUUUACAGGAUUCUCAGCUUCAUACCCGGCCCACUGAACUGUGGUACAACGAUCCUCUCACCAGUCCCAACACUGAAACAGCCUCUCUUUCGACAUGUGGAGGACCUAAUAGCCAAGACCCGACUGCUGCCCGGACGAUGGGAGAGGGAGCCUCAGAGUCAGUGGCUGCUCUCCUGAGUGACCUCUCCAAGGCCUUGCAGGAGUAUCAAGAGGCUGAGCGCAAAAUCUCCCACCUGGAGAAGGAGGACCUCCCCGUCCAGCGCCACCUCUGGGAACACCUGAGCAAAAUCCGCAGCGAGCUCUCCCACAUCCACCAGGCGCUGGAGCGAACAGCUCGCCAGAGCGAUGGCCCUCUCGACCUGUCAGUCAAGAGGGACUCAACAGAUUUGGCUGGUGAUCAUGGCACGAGAGAGGACAGCAGUCUUAAGGACAACAGUACAGAGACAGAGGAGGAGGACGAGGAGCUGGAGGAGAAAAAAGAGGAAGAGGAGGAUGAGAGUGAGAUGAGGUCAAUGAAGGCCGCGUUGGAGAGUCGGAAGCAGUCGUUGGACAUGUUGAUCAAGAUGAGUCAGGCAUCAGUGGUAAACACAGAGGUUCUCUCUCCUGGUGGACUCGGCAUCAGGCCCAGUCCGGCUGAGGCCCUAUGGCCGAGCAGAACCACUAAGUGUGAGGCAGACUCCAGCGUCCUGCUCUGCCCUGACGGCCGAUCAGUGGUGUUCGCCGACAUCCCCUCCUCUGCCAAAACCUCAAAGAGACCCCCGUCCAUACAGCGACUAGAAGCUCAGUGUCCUCCCAGCCCUUUGACAGCUACUGACAACUAAACUUCUGUUCUUCUGACUGUAAUAUAACUGAUUCUAUACUGUCCUCAAAUGCAGUUGUCUUUAUUGUUACUGGCGUGACUGUGAUUUUCACUGGCUGGAAGAGGCCUGUCACGUUUAUUCUCAGUUUACCUUCACAAAAACCUCAAACAUUUAGCACCUUAUGAGAAAAAUGAAUGAUCAUUUGAAAGAGAGGGAUUUCUAAUGCACUAAGAACAUUGAUUGUUAUAGUGAGAUUCUCCUUAAAAUGAUUAAAAAAUGUAAAAUCAGCACUUCAUAAUUUUCAUCAGGAUCAUUUCAACAAUUAAGUCCAUUUA